AAGAUGCCGUAUGGGUCUGAGUUGCUCAGGUGCCUGCCAGACAACACUUGGGACCGAGCUGGUUUUUGCGUGAAUCGACCAGCGUCGCCGUUUUGUCCGCUCGGGUGUCUCAAUAACGGCAUCUGCACGGAUUUCUACAAGUGCACAUGUCCUCAGGGCUUCAUGGGCAAACGCUGCGAACAACGUGAGUUCGAUUAUUACAUUACUGUGCGAUUGGGUACAGCUUUGCUGAACCCAAUCGCACAGUAA